CAGUGAGUGGAAGAACCUCGAGAAAAGUGUCUCGUGCCGGGAAAGUGAUCAUUGAUCCUCAUAUCGCCCAUAAAUUCCUGAGAAAAUUAUCAUCUGACCCAUUUCUUCUCUGAGAAUCAUGCGAGAACUAUUGUGAUUGAUUUCUCUCUGAAAUGAUCAGGCGGAAUUAUUCCUGCCACGUGGAGUUUGAAUGAAAGUGAUCAUCGCAGUGUUCUCCUGCCCAUUGAGCCUCUGGCCAAUUUAAUAGUGAUUCAGUGGAUUAAAUGAGACAAUCAUUGAGGAAGAUUUAUGAUUGCUGCUCUCAUUUUAUUGUGCAAUUCCAUUUGUGUCUCAACUACGCACGAUCAGUCGGACUCUAUAGGAAAUUUUCCACUUGAUCAUCUGAAAUAUUCUCAUUCAACAAUAGGGCUAAAUUGUGAAACUUAAUCAAACACAACGGGCAGCAACUGUGAAUUGGAUGAUCAGUGUGAUCUUCAAGUGUGAUGUCAGUGAUCCUCGUGAUCUUGUGAGAAAACCUCUAUUUUUUCACGAUAGAGCCUGUGCGGCUUUGGGGAGAAAUUAUCGGUGAUUCAAAGUGUUUGGCGUGCAAAGGGAUUUACCGCCAAAUUGUGGGAUUUAAUUGAUUGGUGACCGUGCCAAAAUUGAGUGUCACGCACAACAAAAGACAGUGCCCAAAACCUGCUCUGUCCGUCACUCUUUGGGGCUAGGUAAGCAGUGCUGUUCUGGGGAGCCAAAGGGGCUGCCAAUUGCAUAAUACAAGACAGCAGAUGUAUGUCAUUGAGCAGACAAAGUAAGGUGAUCAAGCGUUCGUGUCAGCCGGACAUCCAGAGUGAUUUUUUCGUGUCUCAACUCAGUGAUGAUCCCCGUGCGGACUUUAAUGAUCAGUCUGUGCAAAACAACAAACGGAUUUUGAGCCUCUACACCGGAAACUAUAAGAUUACUUCUUCGCCAAGAUGGGUCCUACUUUGCAGAAUGGAGACGAUGAUUGCACUGGAGAAACCAAGGAACGUUGUCACACCCCAACUGAUCCUGCUGGAGUUAGAAAAUGGAUCAGUGAUAAUAUGAUGCUACUCGUAACUCUUUCUGGGGUCAUCUUGGGCGUCGUUGUGGGUUUCAGUCUGAGGCCACUCAACCUCAGCAAAGACUACAUCAUGUUGAUUUCCUAUCCGGGAGAACUCUUUAUGCGUGUCCUCAAACUCAUGAUCCUUCCCCUCAUCAUCUCCAGUUUGAUUGCCGGAUCAGCUAGCCUAAAUGCUCGCAUGAAUGGAAAAAUUGCCCUGAGGACACUCAUCUACUUUGCCUCCACAUCCUUCUUCAAUGCCUGCCUUGGCAUCUUCCUCGUCCUUCUCAUCCAUCCUGGUGAUCCUGGUCUCCAUAGUGAUUCCCCGAGCGGAUCAGACAACAAGAACGUCAAUCUUCUCGACAGUCUUCUUGAUCUUGGACGGAAUGUCUUUCCAGACAACCUAUUUCAGGCUGCUUUCCAACAAGCUCACACAGCCUAUGUCCCGCAGGGAAAUCCUCUAGGCCUCAAUGAAUCCGUGCUCAAUACAACAGACCCUAUUGAAGAAUCUGAACAAGAAAUGGUGCGUGUGAUAAAGUAUCGUCCUGGAACCAAUACCCUUGGUAUUGUCUUUUUCUGCUUGCUGUUUGGGACACUCCUGGGUACUUUGGGAGAGCGUGGACAGGUAGUCAUCGACUUCUUCUCGGCCGUAUUCGAGGUGAUCAUGCGCAUGGUGACGGGUGUGAUGUGGUGUACUCCACUGGGCAUCAGUAGUGUCAUCGCUGGAAAAAUCCUGGAUGUAUCCAAUCUAGCUCUGGUGAUGUCUCAACUGGCAAUGUUCAUCGUUACGGUGGCCAUUGGUGUCUUCCUCUACCAGCUGGUGAUCAUGCAGCUCGUAUACUUUGUCUUCCUACGGAAGAACCCCUUCAAAUUCUACUAUGGCCUCAUUAAUCCAAUGCUCACGGCCUUUGCUACGGCCUCUACGGCUGCUGCUCUGCCCAUCACAUUCCGCUGCAUGAACGAAAAGCUACGUAUUGAUCCGCGGGUCACGCGAUUUGUCCUACCCAUUGGCUGCAAUAUUAACAUGGAUGGAACAGCGUUAUUCAUCUCUGUAGCCUCCAUCUUCAUUGCCCAGAUGAGUGGCAUGAAGCUGGGUUUCGGGGAAAUUGUCACCGUCUGUCUCUCCUCAACGGCUGCCUCCAUGUCUUCAGCCAGUGUUCCAUCAGCUGCUCUUGUGCUCCUUCUCGUUGUGCUCUCAGCCAUUGAUGCUCCUGUUCAGGAUGUGACGCUCCUUUUUGCCAUCGACUGGUUUGUGGAUCGUAUUAGGACUACCAACAACAUGUUGGGAGACUGCUACGCUGCUGCUGUUGUUGAGCAUUUGUCGAGGAAGGAACUCAUGGCUUUGGAUGCAGCCACACUCUAUCAAGAGCAAGCACCUAAUGGACAUAUAAUGAACGACACCGACCCAGAUUUGGAUCGACGAAGCUCAGUACCUGAUUCCGUGAUCGUUGACAUUCCGGCAGCUGUGGCCAAUGGCCAGGCCAUGCGUCGCAACUGAACGGAAGGACCUGCGGGUGAUCGAGAAGACGAUACCACACAGAUUGAAAUGCAAAAUCUCAAUGGAUUGUCCUAUAUAUGUGGAGAUUUUGAAAAGAAUGCAAGACGAUGGUAAUUUGUGAUAGAGCUGAUGAAUCACACUCUUUCGGGAAGAAAAAAAUCCCAAACUCUCAUCUUUGUCACCCCAAAAGCCCACCCCCCUAAUCCUCUUCACUCUCUAACAUUUACAUUUCUCAUUUUGAUGCAGAAGCCAAUGGCAAGGCCAUUGCAAGUAAAUCUUCAACAGAAUAAAUAAUAUCAAAUAUAAGGAAAAAAAACCAAAGCAAAAAAGUAUUCCCCUUCUGAAGAUGAAGCAUUAGAUUGAGGAAAAAAGCAGUAUAUUAAUCUCUUCAGAAAGAAAUGACAUAAAACAAUACUAAAAAAUAUAUUUAGAGCCUAAAAAAGAUAAAAGAAAAAAAAUCACAGUAGUUUAUAGGACUUUAUCAUGUGAUAUCGAAAAUUUUAAAUGUUACCUUUGGAAUAAAAGGUUUUUUUUUUGUUAGAGAAGUGAAACACCUUCGGAGAAUAUCAAAAAAAAGUAAAUAAAAUUAAAUGAUUAAAAAUCCUCCCACGUAGAGCCACGUGAAGAAACAGGGAAUAAAACAGUGGAAAUCCUCUCUUGGAAAUAUCCAUGAAGCGACGUAAAUGGUUUUUUAGACAAACAUUUUAUUCCUCUCGAUAAAACACCCCUUUGGCCCAAUUAAAACCAUAAAUAAUUAUAAACUGGAUCAUAAAGCAAAAUCUUUUUUUCUCUCUUAAGCAUAAACACAGUCCACCAUAGAAGUUUUAUUGAAUAUAUAUAAAAGUAAAAGAAAAAAAAAUAUUUGCUGUAAUAAUUAAUUGUUAGACUGAUUAGAUUUUAGAUGAUGAUGCGAGAUUAAAAAAAAACUAAAAGUAAAAAAGAAAUUGCAAAAAAAACAGUUGUAAAAGAAAAAUUUGUGAGAGAAUACAAUUGAAAAAAUAUAUUUGUAAUCGCUGUAUAUUUAAUCUUUUUUUUUCAAUUUUUCUGUCCCGCAUGAUCUUUCAGUAAUAGUUGAUUAGGUAAUCAAAUUCUCUUAAACUGUAAACACACAACAUUCAAAUGUUUACAAAAUGAAAUGACCUCACUGAUGAUGUCAAUAAAAUGCCAUUAUUCAA